AUGGUGAAAGGACAGCCCCUGCGCUUGUGUUCCAAGUCGCACAGUUGUGCUACUCUUUAUGCCGGCCAAUCCUUUAUGAAGGGUCAGUAUGUGAAACAAGAACCCGAGAACAUCGAGGACGACCUACGUGCAACCUUGCUGCAACGAUCUGCAGCGACGCAGCGGCUGGCUGAGCUCAGAGACAAGGCUCGAAAGAUCGAGUCCGAGUUGCCAGUCCUGCCUCGGAAGGAGGCGCUUGCAUCCCCGGUGGUGCCAGCUACCCGGCCUGUUGCCACCCCAGCCCGUGGAGUGUCAACCGAUGCUCAACCUCGCUCGCAACAGCUUUGGGAAGCAGCCUUCCCAAACAGGGCUGAGCCUGAUGGGGACGAGUCAGGUGUGCCUGGCUUUAUGGAAGCGGAUCGUGCCGGUGGGGGUCCCGCCGGUUCAGCUCAGGUUUCCGAGGAGCCUCCGAGAACCGAGGUUCUUAGUGGUGAUGUGGAACCCAGACCUACCCAUGAGCCCGAGCCCACUGACUCCGACGAUGAGUUGAUUAUGGAUGUGGAUUGCGACAUGAGAUCCAAUACGAUCCGCAUCACCGCCCGCGAGUACAGAAAUUAUGUGAGCGACGAUGUUGCUGAGCGGUGGAAGAACACGAAAUCCCGCAAGCAGCUUAUCGUGGCACUCAUAAACUGCAAUGGCGACAAAGAUUCGUUCAAUCAGAAGAUGGAAAUCGUGAUCCGCAACAUCAAAGAGGGCAAGGUGGUCAUUGACAGUGGCUACUACACAGAGUCUGCGAUGAAGACCGAGCUGAAAUUCGACAAGGAUCGUGUGAAAGCCGUAAUCGCAUACUGCACCGCGAGCAGAGCUCGCCGCCGGGCUUUGACAAGGCGAGACAAGUACCAACGCCACCUCAUCGAGUAUUGGAUCGAUGUGCGGACUAGUGGGUCCCUGUCGCGGACCACGCAAGAACAGUUCUCUCAGUAUGUUGAGAUCAUCGACGAUCAGGUUUCGUUGCCCCCGCCUAUGCUUGGAACCGAAGCCCUCCCAUGCUAUGAUGAAGACGAACCCGAAGAUGAAGAAACGGGUGAUGAUGAUGAUGCAGAUCGUGAAGGCAAAACCGCCACUACGACCCCAGCGAGCAAGCGCAAGAGACGAGGAAAAACUCCAAGCCCCAAGGCGAAGUUGCUAAGCAGGCAAAAACGAGAAAAGGCAGAGGCCGUGGAGACCGCUUUGGAGGACAUCGAGAAGAUUCCGCAGGUCUUAGGGGAGAUCCUGAAAGUCCGAAUCAAGAUUGACAACACCCUCGAUCUGAUGAAAGGAGACGAGACUAAGACGAAGAUAUUUAGCUGCAGUAUUCGUGACGGGGAGGAGAUCAUGGCGCUGCAUGAUCAUCUCGCUGAGAUCAAGUGCGAAAAUGGCAAAGGUGACCCAAAACCGGAGACAAGUCGCAUCACGAUGGAAGAGAAGAAGCUGAAAAGGACUGUUCUGCGCCCCAAGGGAAAGGCGAAGGCCAAAGGCAAAAGCAAGAAGCGCGAGCCCCAUGAUGAUGAUGUGCUCGAGAAGUUGAUCAACGACCGCUUGGUCGUGCAUCCACGGCCUUGGCGAAAGCUCGUGGUUUCCGACCGGCUUCUAUGUAGUAUAGCAGCUGGCUUCGUGGACGAGUGCCAUGAUCUGAAAGAUUUUAUCACAGGAUUGGCUUCGUGUGGCAAGCUUCCAUUGCUGUGGGGCUCCAAAAAUGCAACUGAUCGUACGGACGUGCUGUCAAAGUUUUGGAGACGGUGGAGAGUCCAUGAUAGAUCGCACGAGGUCUACGAGCAUCAUGGCAAGCACCUAGACUUGGUCUUCCCAAUCCAAGUGCAUGCCGACGAGGGUCAAUCGGUCAAGAAGUCGGGGGUCAUGGUGCUGAACUGGCAGUCACCCAUCGGCUUCGGGGUCUCGACGCAAGAUGAUUGUGCAGCAGCUAUGUCCGUCAACUUUGUUGGUAGUUCCUUCGCAACUCGCUUCAUCUACACUAUAUGUCUCAAGCGAUGCUAUUCCAAAAAGAAGCGCUAUGUCUUGGACGGCAUAUUCGAGAACUUAGCUUCAGAACUUGUGGACUUAUUCUACAAUGGCGUUUCUGUCAGAUUGGGGAUCAGGAGCUAA